AUGUCUAAAGAAGAAAAGAAGGCUCCAGAAGAGAGCAGCCAUAACAGCACAAUUGUAACUGGCUCAGACGAGUAUGAUGACUACACCAACAGCAUCAUUCAGUUAAAGAAUGUGAGAUUCGAUACGAAUAAGACGUACAAAUACACAGACAAUCUCAAGUUCAACAUUGAUCUGGAUGUAAAGAAUGACAUUGAAGACGACAUUAAGGUGGAAGUGAUCUAUUUCGGAUCGUAUGGAUCAGAAGAAGAUGAGCAAGUUCUGGUCUCUGCUGCGGUUGGCCCACUCAAACAAGGAGGACUCACUUUUGAAAUUGAGACUGAGAAGCCAAUUGAGCUUCACAAGAUUCCACUUAAGGCGCUCUUUGGCCUGAACACGUUCCUGGUUUCAUUGACGUACAAGGAAUCUGAGUUUGCUCGUGUUGGAUUUGUUGUCAAUGUAACGUAUCCUGGCGUGAAUGAGAAUGAGCUCAUAUGUGAGGAUUUCACAGACAGUGGUGAAUACGAUACAGAAGAGGAAUCAAGCGAAUCAGUUGAAUUCAAAUCGAAUGAAGGGGAAGAAGUGAAAGAGGAGGCUAAAGUCGAAGAAGCUAAAAUUGAAGAAGUAAAAGCAGAAGAGGCUAAGGUGGAUGACGUAAAUGAGAAAGAGAACAAAAUCAACAGUGAAUUGGAUCAGUGUGUUCCAGCAGACAAAGAUGAGUUUGAUUUCAAGACCCAUAAAAUGGUCAAAGAUAAAAUCGAGUACAAAUUCAUGAAGGAUCCAAUUGUGCAAAUAUUUGGAAUACCAGGAUGCGCAGAGGCAGUUGGUGAUGAAGAAGUCAAGAAAGCAAAGAACUAA